UAUUAUUUUAACCGUCUUGGCGGAAAGCUACAAUAGUAAAUGUUUGCAAUGCGCCAAAUCAACAAGUGCUGUGCAUCGGGCGCUCGCUCAACCGCCUUCCAACGACAGCUUCCUCGGAAACCAUUUUUGGACGGGCUUCUCAAUCGGGCCGCGCUAACAAAUUGUUUUCUCGACCGCAAUAGUCAUUGAAAACGGCUGCAAGAAGGGGGCGGGGUUAGCGUCUCGCUGACUGAAGCGCCGCUGCUCGCGACGGCAGUCAGCUGGGGAGAGGCAGGCGUUUGCGCGCGCGCGUGCCGACCAACCGGGAAGCGAAGCGCAAGCCGAGCAAGACCCCGUACAACGGCGCAGGCUACAAGUCGAGGAGAUUUCUACCCACUACAUCCAUUCCGUCCCCAUCAUGGCCGACCCAGCGGCUGCGGAGGGCGCGGGGGGCGCGCGAGGCUUCGCCAGGCAGGGCGCGCUGAGGCAGAAGAACGUGCACGAAGUGAAGAACCACAAGUUCAUCGCACGCUUCUUCAAGCAACCGACCUUCUGCAGCCACUGCACCGACUUCAUCUGGGGUUUCGGCAAGCAAGGCUUCCAGUGUCAAGUGUGCUGUUUCGUGGUCCACAAACGCUGCCAUGAGUUUGUUACUUUCACCUGCCCUGGGGCCGACAAGGGCCCCGCAUCAGAUGACCCUCGAAGUAAGCAUAGGUUCAAGGUACACACAUACUCCAGCCCCACGUUCUGUGACCACUGUGGUUCUCUACUGUACGGGCUCAUACACCAGGGGAUGAAAUGUGACACUUGUAUGAUGAAUAUUCAUAAACGGUGCGUGGAAAAUGUUCCGAGCCUGUGUGGAACAGACCACACCGAGAGGAGAGGACGGCUGCAUAUCAGUGCCAGUAUCACAAAUAAUGUUCUCACCGUGACUGUCAAGGAAGCUCUCAACUUGGUGCCAAUGGAUCCAAAUGGCCUGUCAGAUCCAUACGUCAAGCUUAAAUUAAUUCCAGACCCAAAGAACGAGAGCAAGCAGAAGACCAAAACCAUCAAGUGCUCCCUCAAUCCUACCUGGGACGAACACUUCAGCUUUAACCUCAAAGAUACGGAUAAAGACAGGCGCUUGUCAGUGGAGGUGUGGGAUUGGGAUCUGACCAGCAGAAAUGACUUCAUGGGGUCCAUGUCUUUUGGCAUCUCUGAGCUGCAGAAACAAGGCGUUGAUGGAUGGUUUAAGUUGCUGGGCCAAGAGGAAGGGGAGUAUUUCAACGUUCCCGUUCCACCAGACGGAGAAGAGGGCAAUGAAGAACUGCGGCAGAAAUUUGAGAGAGCCAAAAUUGGCCCUGGCACUAAGAAUACAGAUGGCUCUUCAAAGAAUGACAUCUCCAAAUACGAUGCAAAUGGGAACCAAGACCGCAUGAAGCUCUCAGACUUCAACUUCAUCAUGGUGCUGGGCAAAGGCAGCUUUGGCAAGGUGAUGCUCGCGGAGCGUAAAGGCUCAGACGAGCUGUACGCAGUGAAGAUCUUGAAGAAGGAUGUGGUCAUUCAGGAUGAUGAUGUGGAGUGCACUAUGGUGGAGAAGAGAGUCCUCGCUCUCUCUGGAAAACCACCCUUCCUCACCCAGCUCCACUCGUGUUUUCAGACCAUGGACCGUCUUUACUUUGUGAUGGAAUAUAUCAAUGGUGGAGAUUUGAUGUAUCAAAUACAACAAGCGGGAAAAUUUAAGGAACCCCAUGCUGUGUUCUAUGCUGCAGAAAUUGCCAUUGGUUUGUUCUUUCUUCAUUCAAAGGGCAUUAUUUACAGAGAUCUGAAACUGGAUAAUGUGAUGUUGGAUGCUGAAGGACACAUUAAAAUAGCAGAUUUUGGCAUGUGCAAAGAGAACAUGUUCGAUGGGUCUACAACCAAAACCUUCUGUGGCACUCCAGACUACAUUGCCCCAGAGAUCAUUGCAUAUCAACCGUAUGGCAAGUCUGUGGACUGGUGGGCUUAUGGAGUUCUCCUCUAUGAAAUGCUGGCAGGACAGCCUCCAUUUGAUGGCGAGGAUGAAGACGAGCUUUUCCAGUCCAUCAUGGAGCAUCAUGUGUCUUACCCAAAAUCCAUGUCCAAAGAAGCAGUGGCUAUAUGCAAGGGGCUGAUGACCAAGCAUCCAGGGAAGCGCCUGGGCUGUGGACCGGAGGGAGAGCGAGACAUUAAGGAACACGCUUUCUUCCGCUACAUGGACUGGGAAAAACUGCAAAACAAGGAAGUUCAACCUCCCUUCAAACCCAAAGCAAAAAAUCGACGUGACACAGGUAAUUUUGACAAGGAGUUCACCAAGAUGGCGGUUGAGCUGACACCAACAGAUAAACUCUUCAUUAUGAAUCUGGACCAAAAUGAAUUCCAAGGCUUCUCGUACACCAACCCUGAGUUUGUCAUUCAGGUUUAACACCAAACUCCAGUUGAUCGCUCCAUACAGGUGUGAGAGCAGGAGACGGUCCUAUUACCCAGAAAGCGUUAUUUUGUCCCUGUGCCAUCUUGAUUGUCCUCUCUCUUCACCUAAAAAGGCACAAACCCAGCAGGUUCACACAGAACCAAACCAGGAUUAUACUCAGUCUCAACCAAGGCCUCAGAAACUCUGAAAUGAAUUCGCCAGAGGAGAGAGAACGGUUAUAAAAGAGUGUAAUCAUAGUCUCAAUGAGAAUGUCUUCUUGUCUUUUCAUCUCCAUGAGAAUUAUCCUACCUCUUUCUUUUACACAUUCGCUCCGUAGAUUCAGUCAGCUUUUUUCUGCAACCCCCUCGUUUCCAAAUGAAUUAGCCUGACAACAGGCAGCAGUAAUGGCCUUUUCCAGAGCUAAUUAGGCCUUACGCAACCUUGAACCGUUUAAGUUGCAAUCUGGUCUAAAUUAGUAAAGCAUUUGGUACCAAUUCAAAGUGAAGUUCCCGUGCAUCAGUACGUAAUAGACAAGCAAAUAUCCUCGAGCACUAGAAGUUAGUUUAAAUGGUUGAUAUCUGUCAGCUAGGUCUAAGACUCUUAGCUCAAGCUUGCAUUCUAGCAAAACACGCAAAUAAUGACAUCCGUAUGGCCUUUGGUUUGCUCCCAGCUUAAUGGCUUCUGUUCGUGAGAUGUUCUUAAAAUUCAUUAUUUGAAUCAUGAUAAACCAUUUGAAAACCAUUUUACAACAGGGUUGAUUUAUAAAUGACAUGCAACUCAAAAGCACGUGGAUAAAUCAACGUUUUACAUGAAAACGGUCGACAUUUCUGGUGCCAGAAAUACGUUGAUUGCUCUGAUAUCAGUUUUAUUAAAUCAAUUAAUUAAAAGAAUAGUUCACAGACAAAAUACAAUCACAGCAUAUUUUACUCACCCUGGAGCCAUCCUAGGUGUUUAUGACUAAAAUAUGGGGAAUUUUUCAUAUUUGGCUGAACUAUUCCUUUAACUUAACUCUGAGAGCACCAUAUUGAUUUUGCUUUUUUCUGUUACAUUUUCUCUGGGAAUUCUUGUUCUUUUUAUUAUGACAUAAUUAUCAUAAUUAUAAUAUAGAGGGGGUAUUCAUAACAUAAGUAAUAAUUCUGACAUAAAAAGUCAUAUUUAUGAGAUGACAAUAAUAAUCAAAUCAUAAUUUCAGCUUAUUUUUUUCUCCUUUCAGUUUCAUUAUUUUAUCUUACAAUUAGUUAUUUUUUAAGUGAUUACUUUUUUUGUCAUUUUUAUGUCAUUCUUAUGACUUUUCUCAUAAGUUUGACACUCAACUUCAUGUGAUAAUUAUUUUCCAAAGCAUGAUUUUCUGUGGAUUUUAUAGGCAUAAUGACCAUAUUAGAGAAGGGAACUUUCUGGUUUGAGAAGGAAACUUUCUGCAAUCAUGACACAAAGAGAUAAACUGCAAAUAGCAAUGACUGUAGCAUCAAAUAACACUAAAUUAAAUUAGGCUUAUGAAAAAGUGGAUAAUAGAGACAUAUCUUUAAAUAUCUUUUUUUUUUUUUUUUUAGAAAUAGACUCAUUCUAGAGAGUUAAUAAGUUGAGUUUUACCCUUUUUGAAUCCAUUCAGCUGAUCUCUGGGUUUGGCGAUAGCACUUUUAGCAUAGCUUAACAUAAAUCAUUAAAUCCAAUUAGACCAGUAGCAUUGCAUUAAAAAAAUGUUCCUAUUUAAAAUGUGACUCUUCUGUAGUAUUAUGCCGGAAUAAUCUUAGCACACAAUGCAAGAGUCAAGUUUUAAAUAGCAAAAAUAUCGAAAUUCUUUGGACAUUUUUGAACGUGAUGCUAUCGGGCUAAUUGGAUUCAAUGAUCUAUGCUAAGCUAUGCUAAAAGUGUUAUCGCCAAACCCGGAGAUCGGCUGAAUGGAUUCAAAAAUGGUAAAACUCAACUUACAAACUCUGGGAGAUGUUGGAGAAUGAGUCUAUUUCCAAAAAAAAAGUGCUAUCUUCUUCACCUUCAACCUGUUUAAAGCAUUGAGUUGUACCAUUUCUUUUCAGUUCGGUUUUGAACGGGUGCAUGCGGUUGCAAUCCUUGAUAAAGUGCAUUAGUGCUGUUUACUGAAUUGGCAUCAGGGGUUGUUUCAUGCAUAUCACUGGCUGCAGAGAAUGUGAUUCAUACUGUAUGAGCUGAAAAACUACAACAUUAGCUACUGUACCAGUCUUGACUUAAACCCUAAUGUGCCAUAUAUUUUUUGUGCAGGAAUCUGCAGUGUUCGGGGAGCUCGUUAUGUGCAAUGUGUCUGUGUUAAACAGACUCCACAAGGAGUUUUAGUCUACCCUAUGCAUGCCUGGUAGAGCCCUUGCUCUUUAACUCGGUGUUAACUUAUUAACUUAAGUGUGUCAGUAAUGGUUGGAUCUGUUGUAGCAUAGAUCCUUAUAAGGGUUAUGGUGUGUGACCAUUUCUAUUCGUUUCUGUUUUAUUUUGUAAUUAGAUAUAUGAAAUAGAAAUAUAAGUAUUCUAGUCUUCCAAAUGAAAACACAUUGUGUGAUCAUGUAAACAGUGAUAAUGUAAGUAUAAUCAGCUUUUCCUGAGGUGAUAACUGGAAAAGUGGGAAUAAUGUAUAAAGAUGAUGUAAAAUAUUUAUUGUAUAAUGUAUAUGGAGGGUUAAAUAUCUGCGAAGACCUGUAGCCUGAACUACAAAGAUGUGGAAGCUGGGAAAAAAUGAUCGAAAAGCUGUUAAUUUAAAGCAACUGUAUGUUUUUAACAAGUUUGAUAUACAGUUUCAAAAUCAUCACUGGCUUUUAAUAAGGCAAGUAGCUUCUGUUUCUUUUCCUCUUCCCGUUCAGUCGUGUAUUUUUGAGAGCUUUUUUGAGAGCUUCUAUGUUGAACUGGUUGAAAAUUGGCGAUGAGGGUGGAUUGCUUUACGGCAGCAUCAAAUGCACGUGUAUUUACGACAGUGAAUUUCACUCACUCAUCUCCAGGGGGCUCCAAAGUCGCAAAAACACACAAGAACUGCGUACAGUUGCUUUAACUGGACGUCUGUGGAAAAAAAUUAACAUAAGCUCAGAUAAAAUAGCGUGCAGCUGACAGCCUCGUCCUAAACUAAAUCUCUUCAGCAUGUGUGUGAGUGUAAAUGUGGCCUUUACGCGUUUAAGGUAAUUGUCACACCUCGAACAAACAUGCACAUUGUAAUGUUGUAAACCCUGGCCCUGUUUAGUAGCCGGUUAUUAUUUUAGUUUUUCUAUCAUGUUUUAAUGAUGAAGGCUUUAAAGGGCUUCCUGUACAAGUGUCAAUUCCCCCAAAACAAGUUUUAUACUAUGCAAGACAGAUGCAUGUCAACAACGACACAUCGACAUAACAUCCAGACAGCAGCAGUGGUUGGCUAUGGGGAGGGCUAUCGCUGGUGAUUACAGAGAUAUUUUGCAUGUAAUUUAUUUAUGCUAUGUGGAUUAUUAAAGCUGAAGUUUUCAAACGCCAA